AUGCCCCUUCAUGGCGUCGUAGAAGUCUUGAUUCACUUUGACGAAUUCAGGAAUGUCGAUUUGUAUCAUCAGGGCUUGUAUCAGCUCCGAGUUCGGUUAUCUGUGCCGAAACAAAGGGAAUCGUCAGUGCCCAAUACCAAGCCGAGCUCGGUUGACAGCGCCACGCCGGUUGCUCUCUCAAAAGUCUUUGCCCUGCCGUACAAUUGGUUCACCAGUCGAUCGAAAGAUCCGAGCGAGCGCGCGAACAGCGAGGCGUCGAAGCCGAGCUUCCAUGACGUGAAGCAAGCAUGUAUAUCUGAUAGUCAAGCAGCAUUUUAUAGUCGGAGUUUUCUGGUUCGAUAUUGCGAGGAACAGGUGCCACUCGGAGAUUUCUGUCAGUUUAGGUUGGAGCUCCCAUGUGAACUCCUUGUUCCGGAGACAUCCCCCACGACUAGCGAAACCGUCAUUGCAUGUGAUAUUGAUUUACUCUACGGCGAACUCAAAGCUUGCAGCAUCAACAGCAACAUAAAUUUGAAGUCUGAGAGAAUGCUGAAGGAAGCCACCACAGGGAGUGGUAUCGAAUUAAAAAGAGCUUCCACUGUACGACUACUACUACAUCACAUUCAAGACGGUAUUUACGAAUAUGUCCCCGUGGUAUUCGACGAGGCUCAUUUCUGUUCAGUGAAAAUGCUGGUAUGUGCGACUCUCUCAGAUUUCAGGUUUCGGCUGCCGCCGCCUCAACCCGAGGAAGUUGUCAGUAGCGACGUACUCGUGCAAGAUACUGAGGCGGACAAUCUCAUUUUGGGAGCGCCAGUGGCUUUACGUUCUGUCGUCGAACCAAACACGUUGGAGGAGUUCCUCAAGCUUAAAGAAGCAAAAGAAGUGACGAUCAAUACGAGUUCAUCAGAAACUGCUGCGUCAAAGACUUGUAGUGGAUCUUCUGAGUAUAUGCAUAUCAUGGAAAGAGCCUAUGGUCGUCUCGAAUCAUUCUUUUAUGACGUCACGAGUCGAUGCUCGACCGGCUCUUCCAAAGUGUCACUUGCGGAAAAGCUGAGCAUUCCUCAUAAUCCCCCUGAAGAAGCUGGUCCGAAGAGUGUUGCCGAGAUAAUGGCAACAAUGAAUGUUUUGGCUGUGAGCUCAUUUGAGCUCUGGCACAGGUUACUCGAGGUACUGGCCGUAUGUAGCAGGAAAGUGUGCGAUGAACUGCUCAUAGUGUGGGAACGGAAUACGAUAGAAAAGUUGAGCCAUUGCAUCUCAUGUGUGACGGAAACGGUGGAUUCUACCAGAGAUUUAGCGUUCCCACUAGAAGACGAUAUUUGGGAAGUGCAUAAAAUAGCAGCUGAUCGAGUGAGGGAGAAAUUGUUCAUGGACCCGCCGGAACGACUGUGCUGGGUAGAGGAUACAACACAGCUAGUGAUCUCACAGAAGGAAGCGGAGUCGACUUCGACGGCGUAUAUGCAACGCUAUUCUGGGAUAGCAACAAUGCCUAUAAUAUUCGAGCAGCGAUAUUCGAGCGGCAAUUCUCCUACUCGGGGCGCUGGGGAUGUCCCUGUGGACUCGACUGAGUCGCACAGAUGCAUGGCAACGGACCCGAAAUCCUAUAAAGGCACGCAUCUCGUUGUUCUCGUGCAUGGCUUGCAGGGCAGUGCAUAUGAUAUGCGGUUAUUCAAGAACAAUCUGGCGUGUGUUUUCCCUGACUCGUUAUUCCUAUGUAGCUCUUGCAAUGAGGAAGAUACCGAGGGAAACAUUGCAGAAAUGGGGCAGCGCCUCGCUGAUGAAGUGGUGUGUUAUAUUUCUGACUGGUGCCCAGGAGCUACUCGACUGUCCUUUAUUUCACAUUCACUCGGUGGGCUCAUUGUACGAGCGGCUCUGCCAACACUGAUGGACCAGCCAGGGAUAUCUGAAAAAUUGUUUACUUUCUUGAGCCUAUCAGCGCCCCACUUGGGUUAUCUAUAUAACAGCAACAAACUCAUUGAAGGAGGCCUUUGGGUGCUUAAACGGUGGCGCAAGUCCGAGUGUUUGAAUCAGCUUACAAUGGCUGAUUCCUAUAUUCCCGAGGAGUGUUAUCUCUACCGCUCGGCACGGGAAACGGGGGAAAUUCUACCUCGGUUCCGAUAUGUUGUAUUGGCCUCGUCGUGCCAAGAUCAAUAUGCUGGCUUCGAUUCUGCACGCGUUGAAAUCUCGGAUAGAGUGCGACAGGAGCCAACGAUGGGUUCAGUAUACACGGAGAUGGCCCGGUCGCUGGUCUCCGGGAUCGCACCCGAGAAGCUAAUUCGGUUGGAUGUUAACUUUUACCUACCUGAACGAGCUCGAACACCCCGCGGUGCUGUGAUAAAUCCAGAGAAGAGGCGGAGGCCUGGCAACUGA